AUGUUAGUUGAAGAACCAUAUAACACAGAUAAUGAAGACAAUAAUAUUAGUAGCAGGACAUUCGAUCCGCAUCAUAAUUCAGAUGGUAGUACAUUAUACUCUAGUAAUGAAGAAGAGAUAGAUGAAGAAAUAUCCGAUAAUGAUUAUGGUGAUAAUGAAAGAAAAUUGGGUAAUGACGUGUAUGAUGAGUUUGAUGAUGAAAAUUAUCUUGAUUUUACUUCGGAUAUAAGAAAUAUUGGAAUUAGUAUAUUGAUAUUUGAUGGUUAG